ACUCGUUUUUGGCCAAACUGUCACAUCAAAAACAAAAACAGUGGCUCCCACUUGAGUGGACAAACGUCCAAAUUCUCAUUUUGAUUUGUGCAAUUUCUUGCCAAAUUUGUCGUGCUGGGUGCAAGGCAAACGACCUGCAAAACAGCGAACGUCUCUAUUCGCUGGUUUUCGAUACUUUCCGGGCCGAAAUUCAACGUGGACGAGCCGUACGAAUUGUCGAGUCUACAGAACGACUUGAAAUCCAAGGUGCAAAGUGUCCGCGUGAUAUUUUCGCAAUAAAGGGCGACUGUAAACGCUACAUAGGGCAAGGAGUGCGGGCGAAGUGCAAUUAGGUUGGUGCAGCAUGGGAUUAGUGUGCUUCUCCGCCGAGGAUACUGCGUUGGAGGUCUAGCGGCAGCAAAUUUUCCGGCGGCCCGUGACGAGUCCGCCGAACGAAGAAUUUGAGGCUCUCCUUGAUCUGUAAUUUCCCUUGCAGUUAGCCACCCGCACACCACUGCGCAUUUGACACUUCUCAGGUGUUCCCAGUGCUCCGAUGCCCCAUUCGCCGUGUACAUACAGGAAAUGCUAGCGGCCGGGCGCUAGUGUGAGUGCGUCGCAAUUUGACAUUUGAUCGCGGACGUCAGACCUACUCUCGAGCUUGGAAAAACACCAAAACAGACCCGAGUUGUGUUAGAAACGCGCAAAAAGUGAUUUUCCGGUACGGGAACCAUCGGACAGCGCAGCGUAUUCGAAGUGUUGGAGGCCACAGUAGACCGGGGGAAUAAAAUCAUUGUUUUGAGCUUGUUUUGUUGUGAAAAUCUCUGUUACGUAAUUUUUCGAGUAAUUAAUUCCUGGUGUGUUUUUCCGGCGGAAAAUCGCCUUUCCGAAGAUUGCCAGGCCGUCGCAUCGCUGCCCUUCUGUCCAACGCCAACGUCAGUGCUCUACGUUUACAAUCAAUCGCGACUGCGUUCUGGUCGUUGAGUGUCGUUUGUUUACAACGCCGAAUUGUGCUGGCAACGAGGAGUGUGGCGCAGAACAAUAACAACAGCGAACCGUUCGCAGAGAUCCUAUAAAUAGUGCAGUCGACCGGCAACAUAACUCUCCUGGGACGAUGGAGUGGACUGAGAAGGUGGAUCCGGAGCUGAUUUUUACGAAACAGGAACGAAUAGGAAAAGGAUCGUUUGGCGAAGUAUUUAAAGGCAUUGACAACAGAACGCAACAGGUCGUAGCUAUUAAAAUCAUCGAUUUAGAGGAGGCUGAAGAUGAAAUUGAAGAUAUACAACAGGAAAUUAUGGUACUGUCACAGUGCGAUUCAUCCUAUGUCACAAAAUAUUAUGGAUCCUAUUUGAAAGGUACAAAACUAUGGAUUAUAAUGGAGUACCUGGGCGGUGGAUCCGCCCUGGAUUUAAUGAAAGCUGGCUCAUUCGAAGAAAUGCAUAUUGCCAUUAUACUGCGUGAAGUUCUUAAAGGCCUGGACUAUUUGCAUUCAGAACGAAAACUACAUCGAGAUAUAAAAGCCGCUAAUGUUUUGCUGAGUGAAAUGGGAGAUGUUAAGUUAGCAGAUUUCGGUGUGGCGGGUCAACUAACGAACACAACAUCGAAACGAAACACAUUUGUGGGGACACCGUUUUGGAUGGCGCCUGAAGUUAUAAAGCAAUCCAUGUACGAUUCGAAAGCGGAUAUAUGGUCAUUAGGAAUUACAGCUAUUGAGUUGGCAAAAGGCGAACCACCAAAUUCAGAAUUGCAUCCGAUGCGAGUGUUAUUCCUUAUUCCGAAAAACAACCCACCACAGUUAACGGGGAAUUAUACGAAACCAUUCAAAGAUUUCGUUGAAGCGUGCCUGAAUAAAGAUCCCGAAAAUAGACCGACUGCGAAAGAAUUACUUAAAUUCCCGUUUAUAAAGAAGGCAAAGAAGAACUCGUAUCUAAUUGACUUAAUCGAUAGAUAUAAGAAAUGGAAGUCGCAGAAGGGCGAAGAAAGUGAAACGGAAUCUGAAAAUUCAGACUCUGAAGAAUCUAAGCCUGAUAGCGACAUGGACGAACCAUGGAUUAUGACCGUCAAGGGUAUGCAUUAUAACAACUUUACAAAUAAUAAGCCCACGGCAGCUAGUGUCCUUGAUCAUGAGACAUUUGGAUCACCGAAUAAAUUACAUCAUAAUGGUUCGAAUGUAAUUUCGUCGGCGGCUGGACAAACCACAAUGGCAUCGUCACCACCAGGCGGACAACAGCCAGGUCGUGACACAAACUUAAAUCACUACAAGAUGACGACAACAACAACCGCCGGAAGUACAGCUCAACAACAAUCCAGUACACAACACCAACAACAGCAGCAACAAAGCCCAACACAGCCUGCGGUUAAACAACAACAAGACUUGUCACCAACAAGCCUUGCAAUGGACAAUGCAAGUAGGAAAGAUCAUAUAUUGCGGGACAAGGAGAAAGACCGAGAACGCGAUAAGGAUAUUAUGGAUAGGCAAAUGCAACGCGAAAUCGAAUGGGAGCGAGAGAAAGAACAGCGAGAACAAGACAAAAGGUCAUCCAAAGAUAUUACGCAAUUGGAUCAUAGAGGCGGCGAAGUACUGGACGAUCGGCAAACUUCGAGCUUAAGACGUAGUAGAGAUAGUUUAACAAAUAUAACGUCAUCGUCAUCUUCGUCAUCGAUAGCGACAUCAUCGUCGCCAUCGUCGCCAACCACAAAUAAUAGCCAUAAUGGAAAUAAUGGGAAUAAUGGAUGCGUUACAUCACAGCAUAGUGGAAGCAGUAUUACAGCGCUAAUAACGAACCAAUCGACAACGCAAAAUGCGAAGAAUGGUAGUCGUUUGGUUCAAACAAAUAGUCCGUGCCUCAAUAAUUUUAUUUUUCCACUUUUGUCAGAGCUUCAAAGGAAGUACCAUUACGCUAGUAAAAAUCCAAACUCAUUAGACAUGAUGGAUUUGAAAUCGGCUUUCGAAUUGGCUGAACGAAGCAGCCCUGGCGUUAGCGAUUUACUCGUCAAAGAAAUCAUUCAUAAAUUGGUUCCUGGAUUUUCGGAAACGCGAAUCAAUACGCUUAUGGAUAAAGUAAUGCGAAAUAAGAAGUGAGUAGGCGGUCCGAGAAGAUCUGUAGAUUCAACGACUGUCCCGUUUGUUGUAAUAUUUAAAAUUGAAUUAACUUUUUAAUUUUUAUUAAAAAAAAUAUUAAAAACUAAAUUAUUAAAAAAGAAAUAAAAAAAAACAGAAAAAUGUUAAAUGUUGAGUUUUUAUAUAGAUGCUAGUGAUUCAAAAGAGAAAUUACAAUUCCAAAAACAAUAUGCAAAGAAAAUUAUGUAAAAUAUGCGCGAGGCCGUUGAGAAGCAACUAAUGGAAAAUCAAAUUGUUUCACCCUAGACAAAUAAAUUAAACAUUGAAAACAGACAAAUAAUAAAACACUCGUUUAACUGUUUACCUAGAAGUACUUCAAAUCAAAAGCAAGCAAGAACGCAAGUGAGGAAAUAGUAAAAGUAAUUCUGUCCUACUCUUUUCUUCUCAAAUUAAUUUCUAUGUUACUGUGAAAUAGUUGUAAUCUUCAAUAGAGAAAUAACAGUAGACGACUCUUAAUAACCAAGCUGUGAGAAUUGUUUUGUGUUAAUUUAAAAAAAAAACAAAGAGAACAGUAUGAGGAAAUCAAUCAAUCAAUCAAACAAACUACAGAGCCGCGAAAGUGUUUAUUAUUUAAAUGCAAGAGAAAGAAAUCACGUUAUUGAAUUUGCAUGAAACACACGUGCGAUUAUAAAGAGUGUGUUCAAGGAAGAAAAGUGUAUCUGUCGGAAACGACGAUUUGUAGUGAAUUAUAUAUAAAUAAUGAUAUAUAUUUAAUGAUGAAGACAAACAGAAAUAAAUGCAAAAAAUAUAUAUAAAUCGAAGGAAAACAAAUUGUGUAUGAUAUCCAUAUUAGGUCUUAUUGAAAAUUGAAGUAGUUUUGUGUGGAGAAAUGAAAGAAAUGGAGAAAAUGGAUUAAAAUCAUUGUUGAAAUUGAAA